GAAGUUGUGUUCGAGAUUCAUGCUCGGACUAAGGGAUGGAUCGGCUUCGGGUUCUCUCUGGACGGCGGCAUGAGGGGAAGCGACAUCAUGAUGGCGUGGGUGAAGGACGGCCGCCUCUUCCUACAAGACUACUAUGGUGUGGGGGAAGGAACGCCACUUUUGGACGAUCAUGCUGACUGGAGGCCACUCUACGCUAGAGAGAACGACACCCAUACUAUACUGGUGGUGGUCAGGGAUUUCAACACCUGCGACCCACAAGACUAUGUUCUCACGAAUGACUCGAUGCGUAUGAUAUACGCUUGGGGGGAGGAGGACCCUCAAGGUAAUGUUCCCAGCUAUCACGGCCAUCGACGAGGCAACAGGUAUGCGCUGGUGCUUCUGCCAUUUCAUCGUCAACUCCUGGCGGAGGAGUCGCAAGUAUGGAGAGUAGAGCAGAGUGUCACACUGCCCCACACUCAAGACACCUUCUACUGGUGCCACAUAGAAAAGAUUCCAAAGUGGGAAACCAAACAUCACUACAUUGGGGUGAAUAUUCCAAGGACUAGAUAGUAUUCCCAAAGUGGUAACUUCAAGCGAGGGACAGAUUUUUUUCUUAGUCUGUUUUUUUUUUGUUUAAAAACUGAGAACGCCAGAUCCAAUCAACUUCAUAUGUUUAAUGUUGAUUUACUGCAAUUAUUGAAAGGGUAAUGCAACUAUUUGCAUGUGCUUGUGCUCUCUGGUCAGUUUUAUAUAAACAAUUC